AGAAGGAGGGAGCUAGGUUCACUUUACUCGCAUCCCAAGAUGCUGCACUGUCAACAGUGCUCCGCGAUGAGGUGAACGUAGGCGCUAAUGUUACGUGGGCACGACGAACAAGGCUGUGUCGCAACUGCACGGUUGCCCGGCGGUAUUACGAAAACAAUACAGCACCGACGAGGGAAACGGAUCUCAGAGGCUGGGCGCCUAGCUCAACUGAAAGUUGACAGAAGAAAAAGUUCUGCUCUUUGCGAUCUCAGCUGGAUUUCUCUUCACUCACCUAGCCGGCAUGACAGGCCUGAACGAAAGUUUGUGAAGAAGAAAAGAAACCACUGAUCUUGUUGCUGUGUUAGAGGGAAAAGAAAGCUGCUAUAUACACCAGGAAUGGAGUUGUGUCAGACUUGGACAGUCAGACAGCUUGUCUUGUCACUUCUGAUAUUGCACUGCAUCAAUCCAGGUCUGUCUCAGGGCAACCGUCUGCCAUACUUUUUGAAUUUCUUCUUUGACAACUACUUCCUGAUCUACGAAGACACUCCUGUGGGUGCUUCUGUAACACAGCUGUUGGCACGGGACCCUGACAGUGAUCCACUCGUGUUUGGAGUAGUAGGUGAGGAGGCCACUCGCUUCUUUGCAGUGGAAAGUAACACUGGAAUUGUCUGGCUCCGACAGCCUCUGGACAGAGAGACAAAAUCUGAAUUUCAAGUUGAAUUUUCUGUCAGCGACAAUCAAGCGGUCAUCAAGGGCACAGUAAAUAUCCAAGUAGGAGAUGUGAAUGACAAUUCUCCAACAUUUCAUAAUCAGCCUUACAGUGUCCGCAUUCCUGAGAACACACCGGUGGGGACACCCAUCUUUAUCGUGAACGCCACAGAUCAGGAUCAAGGUACAGGUGGAAGUGUGCUGUUUUACCUUCAGCCCCCUUCUCCUUUCUUUGCCAUUGAUGGAGCUAGGGGUACCGUCACAGUGACCCGAUCACUCGACUUUGAGACCACUCAAGCCUACCAGCUUACAGUCAAUGCCACGGAUCAGGAUAAGAAUCGGCCUCUUUCAAGUUUAGCCAACCUGGCUAUCACCAUCACAGAUGUGCAAGAUAUGGACCCAGUGUUCCUCAACCUGCCCUACAGCACCAAUAUCUAUGAGAAUUCUCCUCCAGGCAGUACUAUCCGAAUGAUCACAGCAAUAGACCAAGACAGAGGUCGACCCCGAGGCAUUGGUUACACUAUUGUGUCUGGAAAUACCAAUAGUAUUUUUGCUCUGGAUUAUAUCAGUGGAGCACUUACACUAAAUGGACAGUUGGAUCGAGAAAACCCUCUCUACUCUGCUGGAUUCAUCUUAACUGUCAAGGGCACCGAACUCAAUGAUGAUCGGACUCCAUCCAAUGCCUCAGUAAUGACCUCUUUCAACAUCUUGGUCAUUGACGUGAAUGACAACGCACCUGAGUUCAACAGCUCAGAGUAUCGUGUGCGCAUUACUGAACUGGCCCAGGUGGGCUUUGCUUUGCCACUGUUCAUCAUGGCACAGGACAAGGAUGAGGGUGCCAACAGCAUGUUCCAGAUAUUCCUAGAAGGCAACAAUUCCAACCACUUCUUCAUUUCACCUACGUCUGUUCAGGGUAAAGCAGACAUUCGUAUCCGAGUGGCCAUCCCACUGGAUUAUGAGCGCAUUUCCAGUUAUCAGUUUUCUCUCCUGGCAAAUGAGACAACAUCUGAACAUGCUGGAUUUGCAAGAAUUCAGAUUGACCUAAUCAAUGAAAAUGAUAACAGGCCGGUGUUUUCUAAAUCCCUCUAUAAUGUUAGUCUAUACGAGAAUGCCACCGUGGGAACAUCCAUCCUGAGAGUCAUCGCUACAGACAAUGAUUUUGGCUCCUUUGGGACGGUCAUGUACUUUUUCAGUGAUGAACCCGAAAAAUUCACCCUGGAUAAAGAUACUGGGGAUGUCAUACUCACUGGAAGACUGGACUUUGAAUUGACUCAGCGGUACACCAUCACUGUGAUAGCUCAAGAUGGUGGAGGAGAGGAGACAACAGGUCGUCUUCGCAUCAACGUUCUGGAUGUCAAUGACAAUGCUCCCAUGUUUCAGAAAGAGGGAUAUUCGGGUACGGUACGGGAGAAUGAGCCAUCCACCAUCCAGGUGGCACGUGUACGGGCCACCGAUGAAGACUCUCCACCCAACAACCAAAUUACCUACUCAAUCGCCUCAGCCACAGCGUUCCAGAGUUUCUUUGAAAUUUCUCUUGUUGAAGGUUAUGGAGUGAUAAGUGUGACUCGUCCACUGGAUUAUGAACUCAUUCCAAGCCGAACAAUACGCCUUACUGUUGUUGCCAAGGAUGGUGGCAGUCCUUUCCUGAACAGCAGCGUCCCCGUCAUCAUUGAUAUCAUUGAUGAAAACGAUAACCCUCCCACAUUCAGCCAAUCAUCAUACAUCAUCUCUGUUCCUGAAAACAUAAUUGCAGGUGCCACAGUUUUAUUUGUGAAUGCCACAGAUCUGGAUGCAUCACAAGAAUAUGGACAAGCCUCUCUGAUUUAUUCCUUGGAGGGCUCUACCCAGUUCAGAAUCAACACUCGAUCAGGUGAGAUCACAACUACUUCACUUCUCGAUAGAGAGCAGAAAUCUGAAUACAUCCUCAUUAUUCGGGCUGUGGAUGGAGGUGCUGGGCCAGCUCAGAAAACUGGCAUAGCUACGGUCAAUAUUACCCUGCUGGACAUCAAUGACAACAAUCCAGCAUGGGUGGGAGAGCCAUAUCAGGUGAAUGUGGUGGAGAUGUCCCCUGGUGGCACAGAUGUCGUCACAGUUCUAGCAGUGGAUCCUGAUAGGGGAGAUAAUGGAACUGUCACCUACAGUAUUAGCCCCCCCAACAAGUUCUACACAAUUAACAAUCAGACUGGGAAGAUCCGAACGACAGGAGUGGUGCUCGAUCGUGAGACCACUAGACCAGGAGAGCUGGACCUCAUGAAGACGAUUGUGGUUUCUGCAAGUGACCGUGGAUCUCCGCCAUUGCGUGCAACUGUUAGUACUACAAUAUUGGUGAAUCUACUGGACUUGAAUGACAAUGAUCCUACCUUUAUGAACCUUCCAUUCACUGCAGACAUUCUUGAAGGAGUUCCAAGUGGCUCUUCCAUUUUUCAGGUAUCAGUCAUGGACCCAGAUGAGGCCGAUAAUGGUCUUGUCAAGCUACAAAUGCAGGUGGGCAUGCCUCGGAUGGACUUUAUAAUUAAUGGCUCCACAGGGUUGGUAACCUCUACAAUUACUCUUGAUCGGGAGAAAACACAAGAAUAUUACUUACGUGUAGUGGCCAUGGACUCAGGACAGUUUCCUCGUAUUUCAACAAGCACGUUGACCAUCAGAGUGCUGGACAUAAAUGAUGAGACUCCCACCUUCUUUCCCAUCAUCUACAAUGUGAGCCUUUUGGAGAAUAUACCCCGUGACUACACUGUCGUGCGUCUCAACUGCAGUGAUGCUGAUGCUGGCCUCAAUGCUGAGCUUAGCUACUUCAUAACAGGAGGAAAUCAAGAUGGCAAAUUCAGCGUUGGUUUUCGGGAUGGAGUUGUACGGACUGUGGUAAAUUUGGAUAGAGAGGCACAGGCUUCCUAUUCCCUCAUUGUGGAAGCCAUAGACAAUGGCCCUGCAGGGAGCCGCCGCACAGGUACUGCCACUGUUAACAUCAUAGUGAAGGAUGUCAAUGACAACCGGCCCAUUUUCUUGCAGAAUGUCUAUGAGGCAAGUGUAAUGGAGAACAUUCCGGAGUCAACCAGCAUUGUUCAGGUUCAAGCAACAGAUGCGGACGAAGGAGAAAACGGGAGGGUGCUCUACAGGAUUCUGUCUGGUAAUAACAACAACGUGUUUCGUAUUGAUGGAGUGACAGGACUUAUUACUCGAGGACAGCGCCCCUUGGACCGUGAAACCACCACUUCACACAUGCUGGAGGUGGAAGCCUAUAACAGCGACCUUGGAAGCAUGCGUAGCACAGUACGGGUUAUUGUGUAUGUAGAAGAUGCCAAUGAUGAGUCUCCUAUAUUCACUCAACAGCAGUACAAUCGUCUGGGCUUGAGGGAGACUGCAGGCAUUGGGACAUCGGUGGUGGUCGUACGAGCUACUGACAGAGAUACAGGGGAUGGUGGUGCAGUAGUUUACCAUAUAGAAGGAGGUGCAGAAGGUAAAUUUGAAAUUGAUGUGAGCACAGGCUUGGUGACCACAGUAGACUAUCUGGAUUAUGAGACCAAGACCAGCUACCUUAUGAACAUCUCCGCAACAGACCAGGCAACACCUUUCUAUCGUAGCUUCUGCUCUGUCUAUGUGACAUUGCUGAAUGAACUUGAUGAGGCAGUCACUUUCUCAAGUCCAGCAUAUGAGGCCUCCAUCGUGGAAAAUAUUGCAACAGGAACAGAAGUGGUUCAGGUCCGGGCACGCUCAGCAGACAACUUAAACCAGAUCACCUAUCGCUUUGAUCCAGACACCUCCCCACUUGCCCUGGCUCUCUUCAAGAUUGACAGUGUUACUGGACGAAUCACAGUGACUGGUUUGGUUGAUCGGGAGAAGGGAGACAUUUACACAUUAACAGUGGUUGCAGAUGAUGGUGGACCUAAAAAAGAUUCGACUGUGAAGAUUUCCAUCACUGUCUUGGAUGAGAAUGACAACAGUCCUGAAUAUGACAUCACUUCUGAUUCUUCAGUCGAUGUUCGGGAAGAUGUACCCAUUGGAAGGCGUGUAGCUGUGGUCCUGGCCCGCGACAAGGAUAUUGGGAGAAAUGCCUUGGUUAAUUUCAGUCUGGUGGCUGGAAAUGUUCAAGAAGCAUUUGCGAUUCGCACCACAAAUAACACCUAUGGGGAAGUAUUUGUUGUCAAGACACUGGACAGAGAGACUAUUGAUCGUUAUCUAAUGACAGUCCGAGCCUCAGACAAUGGUUUUCCUCAGCGUAGGACUGACCAGAGUUUGACUAUUAAUGUUCUAGAUGUGAAUGACAACCCUCCAGUCAUCCAGAAUCCAAGAGGUUACAACAUCAGCAUUAAUGAGAAUGUGGGAGGUGGCACCGCUGUGCUGAGAGUUCAAGCCUCAGAUCGAGACACAGGCUCCAACAGCAUGUUGUCUUAUUACAUAACUCAAGGCAAUGAAGACCUGACUUUUCGCAUGGACCGUGUCACUGGGGAAAUUGUAACGCGGCCUUCACCACCAGACCGUGAGAGGCAACAGUUCUACGAGCUAGCAGUGACGGUGGAAGAUGAUGGAACCCCACCACUAUCGGCCACCACAACUGUCUUUGUUACAAUUGUGGAUGAGAAUGACAAUGCCCCAGUCUUUGGACAAUCCAUGUACGAGGUGACAUUCAGCGAGGGACCCAAUACCACUGGCAUCAUGAUGGUGGCUGUCAGUGCUAUUGACAGGGACCAGGGGCCCAACGGCACAGUCGUCUACAGCAUUAAGGAGGGAAAUGUGGGAGGCACAUUUGGUGUGAACAGAACCACGGGUGCUGUUGUAACUCUGAAAGCCCUGGACUUUGAGAUUAGCAGUGGCCGAUAUACUCUCAUCAUCACAGCCACUGACCAGUGUCCCAUCGUGCUGCAGAGGCUCACAUCUAGUGCCACAGUAAUCAUCAAUGUCUUGGAUGUGAAUGAUGUGACCCCAACUUUCCCUCGUUUGUUCGAGGGCACAUUUGAUAUCACAGAAGGACAACCUGGUCCCAGGGUGUGGACUGUAAAAGCAGUGGAUAAUGACUCAGGUCUGAACGGACAGGUUGAGUACAGCAUUGUGGCAGGAGACCCCCAAAAUGAGUUUGUGGUGUCACCAGUGGAGGGAGAGCUGCGUGUGAGACGGGAUAUAGAACUGGACCGAGAGAACAUUGCCACUUAUAAUAUUACAGUAAUGGCCAAGGACCUUGGGCAGCCAGCACUUAGCAGUACGGUACUCAUUGGAGUUCGUGUUUUGGAUAUCAAUGACAAUGAUCCAGUCAUACAGAAUUUGCCUUUGGAGAAGAGUGUAAGCGAGGGAGCCUUUGUUUCCACAGAAAUAUGUCGGGUGCUGGCAAGUGACACAGACAGUGGCAGGAAUGCCUUGCUUACCUAUAACGUAACUGGAGGAAACACAGACAAUGCCUUCUACAUCAAUGAGACGACUGGAGUUGUGCUGGUGAACAGACCACUGGACCGGGAAAGGGUGCCCCAGUAUCGAUUAACCAUAACUGUGAAGGACAAUCCAGAAAAUCCACGUAUUGCACGAAGGGAUUCAGAUGUUUUGGUAAUCAGCAUUUUAGACGAAAAUGACAACCGUCCCAUCUUCACUCAAUCUAGCUAUCAGGCAGAAAUUCCAGAGAAUUCCCUCUCAGGUACAUCAGUGGCAGUCCUGAAUGGGCCAAUCCUGGCUGUAGACAAUGAUGUGGGUCCCAAUGCAGUGGUCACCUACAGGCUUUUGGGGUCUAGAGUGGAUCUCUUUACAGUGGAUAACCAGACGGGUGUGGUUUCAGUACGUUCAAGAGCAAUCCUGGACCGUGAGGCACUGUCUAACCCACGACUUGAGAUGAUUCUGGUUGCAGAAGAUGUAGGGCUUCUGAACAGUAGCGUCCCGCUGACUAUAGUGGUUCUAGAUGAGAAUGACAACAGGCCAAUAUUCAGUCCAGCUGUGCUGACCGUCUCCCUGAGGGAAAACAGUCCGGCAGGUGUGGUGGUCACACAAUUAACAGCAAGCGAUGCUGACUCCAGUGUUAAUGGCUGGCUAAAUUAUCGCAUUCAGGGCGGAGCUCAGGACCGCUUUCUGAUCGAUGCUCAAUCAGGAGCGGUGUUGGUGGGAAACACUACCCUGGAUCGUGAGGAGCGAGAUUCCUAUCGUCUGGUUGUGGUGGCAGUAGACCGUGGCAACCCCCCACUCUCAGGAACUGCCACUUUGAUUAUAAUGCUUGAUGAUGUCAAUGAUUCAAGGCCAGAGUUCCUACAACCCAUUCAAGCUGUCAGUGUGAAUGAGUCCACUCCUCCAGGGGCAAUCAUUGCUCAAGUAACUGCCACAGAUCGGGACCUGAGGCCGCGUCUGGAGUAUUAUAUUAUUGAAGUCCUUGCUAUGGAUGAUACCAAUACUCUUGUGCCCAAUCUCCAAGAUUCCUUUGGUAUUGACUUCCAUACAGGUGCUGUGUUUGUAAAGAAACCUCUGAAUCGAGAGCUGGUGGCCACCUUUGUGAUUACCAUUUCUGUCCAUGACAAUGCCAGUGAUGUGAUUGAUCAGUCUGUUAGUGUACCAAAUGCAAAAUUGACGGUGAAUGUGCUUGACGUUAAUGAUAAUGCACCUCGAUUCCGGCCAUUUGGGGUAACAAAUUUCACAGAAAGGAUCUUAGAAGGGGCACAGCCUGGUACCACCCUUAUCUCAGUCUCAGCAGUAGAUCCUGACAAAGGCCCAAAUGGACAGGUCACCUACGAGCUGCAGAAUCUCCCUCGAGGGGGAUACGUGAGACUUGAAGACGCCAAUGCAGGAAAGAUUAUCGCAAACCGCACUGUGGAUUUUGAACAGGUUCAAUGGCUAAACUUCACUGUGCGAGCGCAGGACCAUGGUGCACCCCCUCGAUUUGCAGAGCUGCCUGUCUUCUUGCAGAUCAUAGAUGUCAAUGACAAUAAUCCUGUUUUCAGCCAACCAUCCUAUCAGAAAUCUGUGUUUGAAGAUGUGCCACUUGGUACAGUAAUUUUGCGAGUGAGUGCCACAGAUGCAGAUUCUGAACGGUUCUCCCUUAUUGAAUACAGUUUGGUAAAUGGAGAAGGUCGCUUUGGUAUUACCCCUACAACGGGUGACAUUUACAUUCUUUCUCCUCUGGACCGAGAGAAAAAAGACCACUACACGCUGACAGCUGUUGCUAAAGACAAUCCAGAGGAUAGUGCCAGCAACCGUCGAGAGAACUCUGUGCAGGUGCUGGUGACAGUGUAUGAUGUGAAUGAUAUCCGACCCCAGUUUCCAAAGCAACUCUACAGCACAAGUGUCUUUGAGAAUGAGCCUGCUGGGACCUCCAUUAUCACCAUGUCAGCUACAGAUCUAGAUGAGGGAGACAAUGGACUUUUGGUGUACACCCUACGAGGGCCUGGAGUCGAGGCCUUCUCAAUGGAUGCAGACUCGGGACUCAUCCGUUCCCAGCGUCUCCUGCAGUCCUUUGAGCGUUUCAACCUCACAGUGGUGGCAACAGACAAAGGAAGACCCCCACUGUGGGGCUCAACUGCACUGCAGAUUGAGGUGAUUGAUGUCAAUGACAACAGGCCUGUAUUUGAAAGACCUGCCAAUGGAACCAUUGUGCACAUCUUGGAGGAACAGCCUCCUGGUCUGGUUGUGUUUGAAGUUUAUGCUACAGACCGUGAUGAGGGCCUCAAUGGAAAAGUUACAUAUUCGUUUCUGCAAACUACAGCUGGAAAUAAGGACUGGGAUAACUUCAAAAUUGACAUGGAGAGUGGGGUCAUCAGGACAGAAGUCAGACUGGACAGGGAAAAGCAGAGCAUAUACACUUUAAUCAUUGUGGCCAAAGACUUAGGUCAGCCAGUCGCUUAUGAGACCACUCAGGUUCUUCAGGUGGCACUGACAGACAUUGAUGACAAUGAACCAGUAUUCCUUAAACCCCCGCGGGACAGCGUGCCCUACCAAAAGCUGUCAGUUCUAGAGCAUUCAAAACCUGGGACAGUGGUUGGAAAUGUAACUGGUGCUGUGGAUGCCGAUGAGGGUGCCAAUGCUAUGGUUUACUAUUUUAUUGCAGCAGCAGACCAGCGCAACAGUUUCCAGAUGGACCGCAACGGGGUCCUAAGUGUGACCAAAGACUUAGACAGAGAAAUCACACCUUUCCAAACUAUCAUUGUCAAGGCCUCAAGUAAUCGAAACUGGAGUGUUCCCCAAAGCCAGAGGUCAUCUCGAAAGCGUGCUCUUGAUCCUAGCACUGAUCCCACUCUGCAAGAAGUGCGUAUAUAUCUGGAUGAUAUUAAUGACCAGAGUCCACAGUUUCUCAAGUCAGAGUAUACUGCAGGUGUGGCUGCUGAUGCCAAGGUUGGUUCAGAUCUGAUCCGUGUGACUGCAGUCGAUGCUGAUAUUGGCAACAACAGCAUUGUUUUCUAUAGCAUUCGCUCCAUUCAAUUCAAGCUGCAAAAUGACUCGAAGAAUGUUACAAAUGUCUUCACCAUUGGUCAAACAGAUGGCAUUCUUCGCACCAAUGACUUGUUUAUGGCCUAUGGCCCUGGGUAUUUUGUGGUAGAUAUUGUGGCUACUGAUCAGGCAAACCACAGUGACACUGUCAGUGUUGGUAUCUACAUUCUGCGUGAUGACCAGCGUGUAAAGAUAGUGAUCAAUGAGAACCCAGAACGUGUUCGCCAGUUUGAAGAAGAGUUCAUCAAUCUGUUGUCCAACAUUACGGGAGCCAUUGUAAACACGGAUGACUUGCAGUUUCAUGUGGAUAAGAAAGGCAAUGUGAACUAUGCACAGACCGAUGUUCUUAUCCAUGUCGUCAACAAGCAAAGCAACCGCAUCUUGGAUGUUGAACGGGUGAUUCAGAUGAUCGAUGAAAAUAAGGAACAACUGCACAAUCUCUUUCGGAAGUACAAUGUGCUCGAUGUGCAGCCAGCUGUGACAGGGAGAGUGCCUGAUGAUUUUACAACACUACAGAUGGCCAUCAUCAUCCUUGCAGUCCUGCUGUUCCUGGCUACCAUGUUGUUUGUCUUCAUGAACUGGUACUAUCGCACAAUGCAUAAGAGAAAACUGAAAGCAGUAGUUGCUGGCUCAACUGGAAAACAAGGCUUCAUGGACAUACUGGACAUGCCAAAUACCAACAAGUACUCCUUUGAAGGGGCAAACCCUGUGUGGCUUGACCCCUUCUGUCGAAAUCUGGAACUGGCUGCUCAAGCCGAGCAUGAAGAUGACCUCCCGGAAAACCUGAGUGACAUUACUGACCUGUGGAACAGCCCUGCCCGCACACACGGUACAUUUGGCCGUGAGCCACAGGCCUCAAAGCCAGAAGAGGACAGAUAUCUUCGGGCAGCGAUCCAGGAGUAUGACAAUAUUGCCAAGCUGGGGAAGAUUAUGAGAGAAGGUCCUAUAAAGGAAUCCCUGCUGAAAGUUGUCCUGGAUGACUAUCUGAGGCUGAAGAAGCUGUUUGCUGCAAGACUGGUCACGAAAUCUACCAGCAAUGGAGACCAGUCAUCUGAGACAGAGCUCAUCCAGAGUGACAUGGACGACGACGAGGAGGAACGGCCACAGAGGGGUACUUUACGUUUAAAGCACAAAGAACCAAUUGAGUAUAAAGGGCCUGAUGGAAUCCACAUGGUCCAUGGAAGUACUGGAACUCUUCUGACUUCCGACAUUAACAGCCUCCCAGAGGACGAUCAAAAAACCCUAGUAAGGUCACUAGAAGCCCUUCAUAGUGACAGUGGACCUUACACUGACCGCAAUGCCCGGACAGAGUCUGCUAAGUCUACCCCACUGCACAGAACCAAGGAAAUCAUUAUGGAGAGUCCCCUGGAAAUCACGGAGUUAUGACUAGCGGAGGCCUCGCUGGUUUGAUCAAAGACACCUGCUCUCCUACUGCAACUAGCAUGGACUGGGCACCAGCAGUAUGGAGGGCAGGCGUUGAUCAGGUUGAGAGCGGUCGGGAAGAAAGACCAGGAGAGAUCGAAAGUUACCUACGUGCCCUUCACUUGCAGUUGUUGCACAGAUAAAGCGAAGGGACAGGGAAAUAGUGUGCUUCCAUUCAGACCUGAUGGGCUAGAAGGUAAUCUAGGCCAUUUUUAACCAAUAAAUUGGAACACUGAAAGUUUUGCUGCUAGGGUACCAGAGACAGUGACUCUUAAAUCAAAGCAACACAAAGUAUGGAAACUUUAAGACGUAAGAAAGGGUUUGAAAGUGUUGCACCACCCCACCCACCUUCAUGGGAAAUUACUAGGGCAGCAGCGUUCCAAUUUCUGCUGCUCUGACAGCACACUAAACAAUCGGUAACCUCUGCUAUACGUCAAAAUGCAAAGAUGUCUCCUCCUGACCGCCUGACCUGACUAAAUCAGCACGAGGCCAUACUAAAUGAUUUGUCUUACAAAAGACAAGUGCGUAUUCAUUUUGAAGCUGCUGCAGCUGGGAUUUCAUUAUUACGAUGGCUCUUUUCAAUUAAACUCAGGGCAGCACCUAUCCCUGUUACAAGAACACCUCCACACAAAUAAUCAAACUACAGUAGAAUCUGCUAACUCCAUUUAUUGAAACUGGAAUCAAUAGUGUUUGUUUUUUAAUCAAAACUUAUUGGCAAUACUUCCACUCCUCUUCUGCUCACACUCCUAUUGCCUCUUCUCAAUAUGCACCAUACCAGCCUAAGUUCAGUGAAGACUGGCACGGAGCAGAGCAGCCCCCAACAAAUUGAACCCCACUCACUUUGGACAUUGCAAGUGGGGGCUUUUGCCUUGAAACAGCAGAUAUGUUUUCUGGGAAUUACUUGGGGAGGAAAAAAAAAAAAAAAGUAGUGUGGGUUUUGAACACUGCCACACAAUGGACAGGACACGACUCGAUUUGUUCUAAAGGAUGUCUUAAUCGUAACGAAACAAGUCAAAAAAUGCGAUCUACCAAAAGAGAGCAAACGUUUGUAUUUUUGUUCAUCUGAAGAAUGAGUGUGCAAGUUUUUUGUUUCCCUUGGUUUAUAUAUAUUUUUUUGAGUUGAAAUAACUUUUUAUUGAGUAUUUGGGAUUUCUUGAAUGAUAUGUACAAGAAAUAAAAGAUAUCUUGAUGCAACUGAAAUCA